AUGGAGAGAGUUAUACAGCAGACUGACUACGAUGCGUUGUCGUGCAAAUUAGCAGCUAUAUCAGUUGGAUACCUUCCCUCAAGCGUCCUGCAGAGAUUAUCGGUAGAUCUGGCCAGAAAGUAUACACAAUGGCAUCGCAGCUACUUACUUACCCUCAAGAAAUUCAGUAGACGAGCUUUCGGGAAAGUAGACAAGGCAAUGCGAUCUUCCUUCCCGGUGAUGAACUAUGGAACAUUUUUGCGUACUGUGGGAAUAGACGCAGCCAUACUAGACUUUCUGGAUGCGAAUGAAAAAGUUCAGGUAGUGAAUUUGGGUUGCGGUUCGGAUUUACGAAUGCUACCCCUGUUACAAAUGUUCCCUCAUUUGACGUAUGUGGACAUUGACUACAACGACUCAGUGGAAUUGAAAAAUAAUAUUUUGCGUGAGAGCGAGAUUUUGCGUACCUCCCUUGAUUUACCGGUGGAGGAUGCGACAACAUCACCCUUUUUAAUAGAUCAAAAGAGGUAUAAACUUGUUGCAUGUGAUUUGAACGAUAUCACUGAAACCACUCGUUUGCUAGAAACAUGCACCAAGCGUGACAUACCUACUGUCGUAAUAUCUGAAUGUCUUUUGUGCUACAUACAUCAAAAUGAGUCUCAAUUACUUAUAAAUACAAUCUUGGCGAAGUUUGCACAUGGACUAUGGAUAUCGUACGAUCCUAUUGGUGGUUCUCAACCGAAUGACCGGUUCGGCAGCAUUAUGCAGUCUAACUUAAAGGAAUCAAGAAAUUUGGAAAUGCCUACGUUGAUGACGUAUAAUUCUAAAGAAAAAUACGCUUUGAGGUGGUCUGCGGCACCUAACGUUACCGUCAAUGACAUGUGGGAUAUUUUCAAUUCACAAAUUCCCGAAUCUGAAAGAAAAAGACUCAGAUCGUUACAGUUCUUGGAUGAAUUAGAGGAAUUAAAAGUCAUGCAAACUCAUUACAUCCUUAUGAAGGCUCAAUGGUGA